AAACUUCCGGUUUCAAUAGACGAGGAAGAAAAGCGGCGCUGAUUUUGAACUUUGGAGAAGAAUGUGUAAACUUAAUCGGGCAGGUGUGGCUUUUAUUGUUACUGUGGGGAUAAGCGUCGCUCUUAGCAUCGGAUUGUGUUACAUUACAUUGCCCGUCACACUGUUACAACAUCUUUAUUGCAUAGCUAACACAUCUACAGAAAGACACCAUGGAGCUGUCAGCAUUGAACCUGUACAACCAGUUUGAGAGUCUCAGAGCCCAGGUCGACGGCCUGAAUGAGAGCAUUGAACCACAGUUCCUCCAGAUGGCAGUGAACUUUGAGGAUUGCCGCAAGAAAUGGCUGCAGGCAGGCGAGGAGUUAGUUUCCAGUAAGGAGAUGCUGGCUAAAGCGGAGACGGAAAGGGGAGCCUUGGAGGUCAAACUAAAACACGCUCGAAACCAGGUGGACGUGGAGAUCCGCCGGCGGCAGAAAGCUGAGGCCGUAUAUGAGAAGCUAGAGCGGCAGCUACAGCUGAUCCGAGAGCUGCUGGUUUCAGAGAACAACGGUGGCAGCGUCCUCCUCAGUGAGGAACAACGUUCAGCCCUGGCCUUCCUCAGUGCCCACUCCCAGGCAGCACAAGCUGCAAAUAGCAACCUCAACUCCAGCCGAAGACUGACUACUAUUGAUGAAUCAGCUUCUUUGGUGUCAGACAUCAGCUACGACCAUACGGAUGACUCUUUGGACUGGGAUUCAUCUGUGAUGAAGAAUGUUAGAUUGCGCAGACGACAGAAACGACGUUCCUCCAGAAAACCUUCAGAAGGUCACUUGCAGGCAGUGAAGAAGCCUCGCUCUACUGGAUGCCCAUCAGAUAGGAUGAAUGAAUCCAUUGUGGCCAAAACAACCAUCACUGUACCUGUAAAUGGUGGCGCUGUUGAGGCUGUCUCCACCAUUGAGACCGUGCCCUACUGGACGCGCAGCAGAAAGAAGAGCGUUGCUCCAUCUUGGAUUGAUACACCGACUACUGACAACUCUGAAACUGUCAGCAAGGCUCCCAGAACACCUGUCUCAGAAUUUCCAGCCCAACUCCAGACUCCCAAAACUAAUGAAGGAGGAAAGAAACAUCACUUCAUCUCCAAAACAGUGAUCCGGUCAGAGUUUUGUGUGUCAUGUGGAAGAAGAACAAAGUUUGGCAAGCUGUAUCUUCGCUGCCAGGAUUGCAGGGCUGUGGCCCAUCCUGAGUGUCGUGACCUGUGUCCCAUGCCCUGUAAUCCUACUGCUCUUAAUACUCCUGUCAAGAACACAGAGUCUACUCUGGCUGACUUUGCUCCACUCACUGCUCCAAUGAUCCCUGCUUUGGUUAUCUACUGCAUUAAGGAGAUUGAAAAAAGAGGCCUACAUGAGGUUGGCCUGUACAGAGUCUCUGGCCAUGAGCGUGUGGUGAAAGAGCUGAAGGAAAAGCUCAUUAGAGGAAAGACUCUACCUCCUCUUAACAAAGUCGAAGACAUCAAUGUCAUUGCAGGCGUCCUCAAAGACUUCCUCAGAAACCUUCCAGAGCCACUGCUCACCUUCCACCUCAACAAAGCCUUCAUGGAAGCAGCGGAAAUCCAGGAUGAUGACAACAGUCUUGCUAUGUUGUAUCAGACGAUGAGUGAGCUGCCUCAACCAAACCGAGACACACUGGCAUGUGUGAUGAUCCAUCUGCAGAAGGUGUCUCGAAGUGUGGACACCAAGAUGGAUGUAAUUAACCUGGCCAGGGUGUUUGGCCCCACCCUUGUAGGUCAUGCUGUUCCUAACCCAGACCCUAUGACCAUCCUGCACGACACCAACAGGCAACCAAGGGUUAUAGAGCGCUUGCUCAGUAUUCCAGACAGCUAUUGGAGCCAGUUUGCUUAUCCAGAUAAUGCAAGCAUUGACAAUGCUCACAACACUGACACUCCAAACCACAAAGGUUUAUCUGUAGUGAGCAUACUGGGGCCAGUAACUACUCCAGAGCACCAGAUGAUGGCCAAAACACCUUCCUCCAGUUCACUGUCUCAGCGCAUGAAGCACACCCUCUCCAGUACCACCUUAUUUGGGAGCAAGAGCAAAGCGACAUCUGCCUUUAAUCGCCAGGGAAGCUUCUUUGCUUCCCCCCAGCUGAAGUAAUGGUAACGAAA